AUGAGAGAUGCGGUGGAAACUAGCUUGAUUUCCCGUCGGUGGAGGCACCUCUGGCGGCAUUCAGUUCUCACCAGGCGCAAUCUUGAAUUCGACUAUCCGAAUGUCUUCGGUAGCAGACCGAGAAAGAAUGAUGAUUUGGACAAGUUUGUGAAGGAGUAUAUGGAGCUCUAUCAAGGUGAAAAGAUAGACUCUUUAAAAGUAGAGCAAGACGACAUUUUCUUACCUUUAAUAUCUCCUGGCAACCUUGAUGAUUGGGUUCGUUUUGCAAUUGCAAAGGGAGUCGAAGAGAUUCAGCUUUUGUUGGAAUGGUCUUUAUUUGACCAUGAACAUGAGUUGAUAUUCCCAGGCGCGAGUAGUACUCUGAAACACUUGACGUUGCGUGAAUGUGAUCUGCGACCUGCUCCUGAUUUUGACGGGUUUAAUAAUCUAAGAUCGCUCAGUCUAAGUUAUGUAACCGUUGAUCAAAUUUUUAUGGCACAUCUCUUGUCUAAUUGCUUGUUGCUUGAAAGCUUGACAAUAGAGUACUGCAAUGGACUUGCACAUCUCUGUAUAGUUGGUGAUCGGCUAAGUGAUCUGAAGCUGUCGCAAUGCCCAAGAAUUGAGAUCUCUGCACCCAAUCUCGUCUCGUUGGAAUAUAGUGGGGAUUUUCCAAGCAUUAAUUUUGUUAGAACUCCACCACACUUGGCACGAAUUGUAACUGAAGUCGAAAAGAUGCAUCCAGCAGUACUUUCUUGUCUUACAUCGUUUCCUGAGCUCGAGACUCUUUCUCUGGCACAUAGGGAGGAAUGCGGAGAACUAUCGCAAAUCAACAGCGACUUGACCUUUAGAAAUCUAAAGAAAUUGAGCUUAGAUCUGUCGCAUUGGAAUGAAUAUGAUAAUCUUGAUCAUCUCCAGUCUGCGCGGGAUCUGCUCAAGGCUGCACCCCUCUUGGAAGAGUUCAUACUGAAUGAUAUUACCUUCAGGGAUUCCGAUGAAAGAAACCAUCCACAUGAAACAAGGAAUAAUGUUGAAUGUUCAGGAUCGUUCACGCAUGAUCACUUGAAAAGAUUUGAACUGCAGUGGUUCAAGGGCAAUUGGUAUGAGAUAGAGUUUGCCAUUUGGAUUCUAAAGAAUGCAGCAAAGCUUGAGAUUCUGGUGAUUAAUCUAGCACAACCCUUCUACUAUGUAAAUUCUGCAGCAGGAUGGUCGAAAGACAGGAUAUUUCUCCAAGAAAAACUGGAGCAAGUAAAGACUAGUGGUCGAAUUAUAAUCCAGUCUGAAUAA